UUUUUCAGCCAAUCAUCACUCUCCGAAAGUCCUGGAACGUAAACUUGACCACAAAAAAAAAUAUAUUUUCCGGCAGCCAUUGUUUUGAUCAUACCUACCCGAUGGAAAAUCCUAGUUUCUGGUUCACGCCCUCACAGGAGUUGGUCCUCAAGUCCACACCCCAGGCAGUAAAAGUGGCCGCUGACGGCCCCCCUGCUUCUGGUGCUCAGGGCCCCCCUGUGAGGGCUAAGAAGUGGGAGGAAGUGGAAGCAGAGGCUCGAGCCCGUGUCGUCUCCGAGGGAGGUGACCCCGGUGCAGAGAUGGUCGUCCUGAGCCGGUGCGCAGAGCUGGUCAAAGCAGCUGCUGACAUAGACACAUCCGUAGCCCAACAUCUCCACCCAUCGCUCCCUCGGCCUCUGCCUCCAAAUGACCGAGCCCCGGUCCCUGCCCCGGUUCCUGACCCGGUCCCUGCUCCUGCCCUACUAGGGCGGAGCGAAGAGGAGGAUUUGCCCCGGCAGUCCUUCCUGCCUCCAAGGCCCGCCUCAGAAAGUGCUGAGCUGCUGCUUCCAGAGAGUUGGCGUUCAUCUCUCACCAAGGAGCAGCAGCGGUGGAUCGGCCGCACGCUGUUCACCAGGGAUAGCUUUGGGAGGUCGACACUCACCACUGACCUGGUCACGUGGUGGAACCCUCCCCAACCGCGGCCGAUCUACAAUCAGCCACCCGCAUCCCCCGACCCCUUCUUCGCAUGUCAGCUGUUCCUUUGGAUGCCCGUACGUAUAUGGACAUACAAGCUGGCAUGUCCCCAGUCUGGGUGCAGAGGCACACUGUGCCAGGCUGGGCUCUACAAGACCAUCCGGAGGGUCUUGGACAUCGACCGCUGGUAUCUCAUGGCCACUGAGUACCUGGAAUGCGGCCGGUGUAAGAAGAAGGUCGCGGGGUGGUCACGGGACCUUGUCAGUCAGCUGGACGCUCGGCAUCGCUGCCAGUUUCCAGCAAUAUUGACAUACAACCUGUCCUGUGACCUGCGGGUUGUGAGGAUGCUGAGGUCGCGCACUUUGGGGAACAGUGCGUCACAGACCUACAGCAAGCUGUGUGAAAGUCACAGCGAGUCCUGGAUGCAGCGUUGUAUACAGUACCUCGGGGAGUGCAAGCAGUUUCUGGCCUUGGGCAUUGGGCGGCAGUUCACUGAUCCACCGGAGAUGCCCCCGGUGCCCUCACCCGUCUGGCUUCUGACCGUCUACAGCCAUGACGUGCUAUCGCGGCUGGACGAGGUGAAGGCCAGGGUCACCUCCGUCUUUGGGUCCAUCUUAAAGAUGGACUCUACCAAGAAGGUGAGUUUUCACUUAAAAAUGUGA